UUGGUUAGACGGAAAUUACAUCAAGGCUUCCUAGUCGGAACUAUUUGUACACGGACAGAGAAGCACAGCCGUGUGGAGGUCAAGUAAUUAAGUUUAACGCAAGGUGCAGUCAGUGGUCGAUACAUCUAUCAAAAAUGGUGAAAAAGAAGCGUGUCCGUUUGAUCGCUGAGAUGGCUCGCAAGAUCCGCGCAUAUCGUGAGCUGAAGGCGCAACCACGGGAGUCUGAGAAGUAUGCGUUGGACUACAAAACCAUGAAACGACCGCACACAGGAAAGACACUGCCAGUGUUGGCCUGGGAGGAUGUUGGCAGGGAAAGCCGUCUGUUCACCCUGCUCUCUGGGCUGAGGCUAUUUGGAGUGGGACGUAUCUUCACAUGCAAAUCCUGGUUGGUCGACCACCCGGAGCCCAGCUACUGGCAAAUAACUAAAGUAAAGGUGGAUUACGUUGCUGAGAACAUGGACCACGGCAAGGCAUGGGGCAUCCUGACCUAUAAAGGAAAGCAGGAGAGCGAGGUAAAAGAAGUGGAAAAAAGCAUAUAUCAUGAUUGGCGGCUGGUGCCAAAACAUGAGGAGGAGAAUUUCAAGAAGUACGAGCCCCUCCCAGAGCUCCCAGUGCGCUACGUGUCAUACCCCCCGCUGCUCCGGGCCAUGAUCCUGGCCCAUGGGGGGGGCUCUGCCAGGGGGGAGGAACCCAUGCUGCCCCUUAAGAGGGAUGUUCUACUCAGCAAAGACUACUUCAGCAGUCAGGAGGAUGAGCGACAGAGGCAGGAGGGCACACCAGUGUGAGGCUGGAAGGAGCCGGUCUGAUGGAAAUCACAAUGUGACAAGUUGGAAGUUGGGGGAAAAAGUUGGAAGAGUAACGAAUAUCUUUCCAGUCUUGACAUACCUUGUGAAGUUAUUAAACUUGAAUGUGACUUGCUCAUGAAUCCAUCUGAGCCUUCUCCUUUCAUUAGGAAUCACAUAUGCCUUUUGGAACUGUAUGUUUCUCCAAAUGAAAGACUGGGAUGGACGGGAUUUCACAUUAUCUAUUUAUGUCAGAUGCCGUGUGCUGUCUUGUAAUGUGAUGUAAAUAUAUUAAAACCUAUGUCUGUCACAGAU